AUCUCGGGCAGGGCUCAAACUUCAAAGCAUAGCAAUUCUCCAUUACCAAUAAUUUAUAAUUUCAUCUUCUUUAGGAGAUUGGAUUGAACUUGACUGGACCAGUUCAGUGAAAGUUGUCUUCAUUACUUCGACCAUAGCCACCCACCACCACAACUGCCGGCGGUGGCGACGUCAGGGAGCUUUUCCCAAGGCGCCGGAGGCUAAUGGGUCAGGGUCUGAGUUGCAGACAGCGCAGUGAUCAUGCCCUGUUUGGUGCCAUCGAAGAUGGCACCAUCGAGACAGUUGAGGCUAUGGUUGAUGAGGAUUUGACAGUACUUGAAAGGAGAACUUCUAUUGAAGGUCUUUCUGCUCUGCAUUUGGCUGCUUCCAAUGGCAAGAUCCAGGUUCUAUCAAUGCUGUUAGAUCGAUCUGUAAAUCCAGACAUAUUGAAUCGACAUAAACAGACGGCAUUGAUGUUAGCAGCAAAGAAUGGGAAUAUUUCUUGUGUAGAGAGUCUUAUUCAAGCAGGAGCAAAUAUUUUGAUGUUUGAUGGAUUAAAUUCAAGAACUUGUCUGCAUUACGCUGCCCAAGGUGGUCAUUCUGAUUGUCUUGAAGCUAUUCUUUCUUCUACACGAUCUAGCCCUGUUGCAGCUUCUUGGGGAUUUGCAAGAUUUGUGAACAUAAGAGAUAAGAAUGGUGCAACCCCAUUGCAUUUAGCUGCAAAACAAGGACGAUCAGAGUGUGUUCAUGCUUUAUUAGAUAGUGGUGCUCUUGUUUGCGCAUCUACAGGAGGUUUUGGUUACCAGGGGAGUGCACCUCUUCAUUAUGCAGCUCGAUCCGGUUCUUUGGAUUGUGUGAGGGAAUUACUCUCUUGGGGUGCUGAUCGACUUCAGAGAGAUUCUUCUGGGAGAAUACCUUAUCUGGUUGCUCUAAAAUACAAACAUAAAGCAUGUGCAGCUUUAUUAAGUCCAUCAGCUCCUGAGCCUCUAAUUUGGCCAUCAUCAUCCAAGUUUAUCUCCGACUUGAAUCCUGAAGCCAAAGCCUUACUAGAAAGAGCACUAAUCGACAAGAACAAAGAAAGGGAGAAAUCCAUCUUAAAAGAGAUGGAAGUCUCAAUUCAAUCAUGUGCAAAUUGUGAAGCCGAGCCUAUCGAUAACAACGACGACAGCAUCUCCGAGGAUAGUGAUGUGGAAUUAUGCUGCAUAUGUUUCGAUCAAGUUUGCACAAUCGAGGUUCAAUCUUGUGGUCAUCAGAUGUGUGCUCAUUGCACAUUGGCCUUAUGCUGUCACAACAAAAUCAAUUCUUCUGAAACACCCAUUUGCCCGUUUUGUCGAUGCAACAUUACCCAGCUUAGAGUUGCUGAAAUCAAAAUCGAUAGCAAUGUCGAGAUGGAAUCCAGCCUGAUAGUGACUAGAAAAUCGAGAAAAUCUUCUGUUAGUGCUAAUGAAGGCAGCAGUAGCAGUAGCAGCUUCAAAGGGUUGUCGGCUAUGGGAUCUUUUGCGAGGUUGGGAAGUCGAAGUGCUGGGAAAGUUGCGGCACAAUGCGACUGUAAGUAUUGAAAGUGUCAAACAUUAAUAAGAUGUUAUAAGCUUUCACCCUUAUAAUAAGAAAAAAAGGGAAUUGAAUUCACUAAAAACAUUAUCAAUGAAUGAUUAUAUAUAUAUAUGAAGUUAUGAUUUUCACCAAAA